AUGGCUGCCACCUCAGCUGCCGCCCCAACAUCUCCUAUGGAACACGGCGAUAUACGCUCAGCAUCCCGCCCGUUCAAGCGGAACAAGGAUCGCGUCGAGAAAUGGAGCCAUGGUGGCCGUCCCAAGGAUAUCCACCUGAACUUUGUUGAAGUUUCGGACAAGAGAUCCCAGCCAGGGAAGCUUCGUCCCCAGAAGCAAUCGUCACAGCUCCCAGACUACGACAGGCCAGCAGCUGCAUACAAAAAGUCAAAGCCAUCAUUCCAGUCAAUGGACUGGGGUUAUCAACCUCACGACACCAAGUCCCGCAUCCACCGCAAAGUCGACGCCGUCACUGACCCCAACAUCCAUACCUCUUCCCUCUCCAAGUCCCUCCUCGAACUAGCCCCACACCACACGAACAAUAAAAGCCCUCCAAUCCGUACCAGGGUUGACGAAGGUUUCCUCUACAGCUUCGACAACACGGGCCCAAGUCCAUUGGGGAAGGCAAGCUCGGUCGCUCUCGGCGGCCUUGUCGAAAAGGCGGAGAAGAAAUGGAUCAGCGAGCAGACAGAGCGGAUUGUCAAGGGCGAAUACGAAGUUUUGGAUGAGCAGGGUGAGGUUGUUAAGGGUCGGAAGAAGGGGAGUCCCAGACAGAAUGCUGUGAAGGAUAAGUCAAAGGUUGUCGUUGAUGGGGAUGAUGAUUUUGAGCUCGUCUAA